AUGGCGCUCCGGGCCCGCAACGCCAGCUGCGAGAACGGGUCCCUGAUCAGCCUCUACUGCUCCUCGCAAGAAGUCCUGUGCCAGAUCGUGGGCAGCCCCGGCCCCGCGGUGCCCGGCAACGCACGGCCCCUCAGCUGGCAGGAGCGCCUCAGGAAGCGCUAUGGCUUCUACAUCGGCGUGGGCCUGGCCCUGCUCUCCUGCCUGCUCAUCGGGAGCAGCGUCAUCCUCAAGAAGAAAGGCCUCCUCCGCCUCCUCGCCACCGGGGCCACUCGGGCUGUGGACGGUGGCUACGGGUACCUGAAGGACGCCAUGUGGUGGGCGGGAUUCGCCACCAUGUCAGCUGGAGAAGUCGCUAACUUCGGGGCCUACGCGUUCGCACCCGCGACCGUCGUCACCCCCUCUGGGAGCGCUGAGCUGCCCGUCUUCUCCUCCUAUUUCCUGGGAGAGAGCCUGAACCUGCUGGGGAAGCUGGGCUGCGUGAUCUGCAUGGCGGGCAGCACGGUGAUGGUGAUUCACGCCCCCGAGGAAGCCAAGGUCACCACCGUCACGGAGAUGGCCUCCAAGAUGAAGGACACAGGGUUCAUCGUGUUCUCCGUGCUCCUGCUGGUGUCCUGCCUGGUCCUCAUCUUUGUGGUCGCCCCUCGGUACGGACAGAGGAACAUCCUCAUUUACAUCGUCAUCUGCUCGGUGAUCGGCUCCUUCUCGGUGACGGCCGUCAAGGGGCUGGGCAUCACCAUCAGGAACUUCUUCCAGGGGCUGCCGGUCGUACGCCAUCCCCUCCCCUACAUCCUGUCCCUCGUCCUGGCCCUCUCCAUCGGCACCCAGGUCAACUUCCUCAACCGCGCGCUGGACAUCUUCAACACGUCGCUGGUCUUCCCCAUCUACUACGUGGUCUUCACCACGGUGGUGGUGCUCUCGUCCAUCGUGCUCUUCAAGGAGUGGCACACCAUGACCGCCGUGGACAUCGUGGGCACCUUCUCGGGCUUCGUCACCAUCAUCCUGGGCGUGUUCAUGCUCCACGCCUUCAAAGACCUGGACGUCAGCCGCACCUGCCUGCCGCACAUGCGCAGACGCCCCGCCCCCGCGCCCGCCCCGCCGCCCGCCUCCGCCGCCGCCACCACCGCCGUCGUCAGGCUGGAGGACAAGAACGUCCUGGUGGACAAUAUCGAACUUUCCAGCAGCACGCCUCCCGGAGCAGAGCCCAAAGUGUUCACAAUCCAUUCGUAA